GAGGCUUACCAACAUAUUUUGUUUUGAUGCAUAUUUUGAUAUUUUUUGACGAUAAGAAUUCACGUAGCGGAAGUUGGCGUAAGCAAAAAACUAAUGGCAACGCUGUAAAACGGCAGACGGUGUUAAUGCCACUUCCAAUAUGGAACAGCCACAACCGGAGGACACUAUCCAACAGCUAUUGGUGCACGGGCCAGUCUAUGCCGUGUCCAAAGUUAUCAAAACUGUACUUGAUUCACCCAUCACCCAUGUAGCGGCUGCUAACAAACUUCAUGCACUGUUCACUCAGAAAGAAUAUGUCACUGACACAACAGUUGAUUGCUUUUUAAGCAGUUUCUUAAUGAAUGUUUUAAAGCUUCCUAGCUCAGAAGAAGGCAAAAAGACUGUAUUUCUUGAAAUCUUGGACGAUGUCAUCUUUGGGAACGAUGACUCAUUUGUUCUACUACUGAUAGCAAGAAGUUUGAUACAGGAAAAAAUCCCCACUGAGACAUGUGCAGAUAUUCUCUGUUAUUUGGCAUUGAAAUUUCAUCGUCAAAGAAAUUUUCAGAAAUUUGUUACUUUGUUGAUAACUGCUGUUAAAACUAGUAAGCACUCUUUAUGUGGUUUUUCACUUCACCCACGCCUGCUUGAAUGUAUGGGUGAAUGCACAGUGAAGUUACCCAUCACCCAGAAUUUGAACUUGUUGAAUUUGCUUUGCACAGUGCUAGAGGAAGAUUGGACACAAAACAUGGAUUCUGAAGGAGAUUACCCUCAACCUCGAGUAGCAGCACAAGUUCUAGGUGUCCUUUUGCUAAACAUUAAAUUAGCAGACUAUUCCAUCCGUGAUGAAACAAUGGAUGAUGCAAUCAAAAUAUUUAGCAUUGUGAGCGAAAGGCAAAAAUCACUUACAGAAAUGGCUUUAAAAAAUCCUAAGGGAUUCACUUCACCUUUGUUGACACUAGCAUUUGCUUAUGGGGAGCUUCAUCAGCUAUUACUGUUGUACAGCCCGUUGUACGCAGAGAGACAGUCCGCAAAACCAGAAUGCGUGGUAUCGGAUCUCCAAAACGAUGUUUGGGAUUUCAGCUUUUUCCACACUUACGCGUCAAAAGAGCAGUGGUUGCAAUUGGCCGAAUUAACGCUAAAAUCCCAUAUCGACUUUUGGGCUCCUCUUGUGUUACAGAAAAUCCGUUACUUGAUUCUUUUUAGUGGCCGUGAUCGAAAUAACAAGGAGAAAAUACUGAAGAAACUCAUUGGCUACCUAAUGGAGCACUUUGACUGUUGUCAGGCACUUUGGCUCAACAAUAUCAAGUACAUCCUACCCUUCAUGGCUAAAGAGCAAAUAGGAAGCCUUGGCAAAAAGAUUAGUGAAUCACCCGAACUGUGGAAGAAUGCCUUAUCGGAUCCAGAUAUUACUGAAAAACGCACAUUACAAAUGAGUUUGGUUUGUGCUGUAUUUGGAUCUAUUCACGAUCACUGCAGGAAACGGAAAGCAGAAGAAGAUACUUUAGCCCUUUCGUCUAGCACAUUGUCUGUGCUUCAACUGUUUUCAAUGCGUGUUGACAUGUGGGUGGGCAGUGUCGAUCGAGGAAACCAAAAAGUCUCUGGCUGGCUGCGUCAGUCAGCCGAGUACCUUCAAGAAUCUAUGCGUCAAGUGCAAUCGACCACCGCCGAGCACGAUUUAACUGAAUUAUUGCGCCCGUUGGACUUGUUGGAAUUGUUACCACUCGAAUACGUUCUUGGUCCCGUUCAUUCCGGCAUUCUGAUGGGUCUACUCAGUCUACUUGUUAGUUGUACCCAGGAGCCAAUCAAGAGUCGGCUUUGGAUGAUGAUCGUACGGCUAUUGGACACGGAAAAGAAUUCCCCCAUUUUCGAAUAUUUUCCUUGCACAGAUUUUAUGAACUGGGCCGUUUCCAACACGAAAAAUCUACCCGAUUGCGCCCUCAUCUUCUCUACCUUGUUUGACGAAAUGCUUCGAUCACCCAAGUCAUCGAAAAAUAGUUUUGCUUGGAUUCAAACAGCUGAUCUAUCAGCGACAGCCCUUCCCGUCACAAUUCUAUCCAUGAAGAGGCUGAUCAAACACAAAAAGGUCGACGAAGAGAUUUUCAACAUCAUCCGAAACCGAUUCUUAAAAACAUUUGAAAAUGAACUUGAAGACCGAUUGAUUGAUGUGAUGGAAGGGGCCCAUUGCCUUCUGGAAAUGUAUAAGGAGCACCUGACUGAAGCCGCCAAAAUUCCAGACGCUGAAAAACAAGAGAAAACAGGAAAACCACAGGAAAUCAAGGAGUUGCUACAGAGUCUACCCAAACUGUUAGAAGCUGCUCGCAAAGGUUUACUUUCAACUGAUGAAGCAGUGGGUUUAUCUUGCGCUAGAUUUCUCAGCCUUGUUUUAACACUUCCGGCCAAACAUCACGGUCGUGAUAUUAAAAUGAGUACCUGGAACGCUUAUCGCGCCAGUCUCAACUCUUCCCGAUGGGACGAUCGUCUCCUUUGUCAACUGAUUGCCAAAUCAAAUUUAAAAGAAUUUCACGUGAUCACAAACGCCAUGAUUGACGACCUGCAAGCGGCUUCAGUAAAAGCCUUACAGGAGGAAGACAAUCCGGAUGAAGUUGCCUGCGAGGUAGACAUCCGUCGCAUCAGUUGUUUCUUUCGCCAUCUUGUGACGGCGGAUAUACCUCCGAAGGAAGAUCGUUUCGGUGUUCGACUUCAAGUCAUUCAGACGGUCUUGCCUGUGAUCCAGCAUCUGAUUUUGUCCGUUUGUCGCAACUAUUCAAAUACAUCCGUCGAUCGUGUCGUCCGUUUGGGCCUACCACCCAUGGGUAUUUACCUGGCACUCUUGAACAAGAACGAUUCUGAAGCCUAUCCGCACGACAUUACAUCAUCCCUUCAUGCCUGUCUGGCCCUGCCGAUGAACGUGGAAAUGUCCGCUGAGCAUUUUGAUUCGAUUUUCACCGUCAUCUACAAAACGCUUCAUUAUCUAUUGACAAAGCAUCAGGAAGUGGCAGCGGAUCGUGUUCCUGUUUUGCUCCAAGUUUACCGACGAUUGAUGGCGUGCACGUGCUCACGCUCUGACUCGCGGCGUUCAGCCGGCGAUUCGGAAGUGGCCUGUUUAACGGAUUCGGCCAAUCGUUUGGCCCGUCUUGCGUCAGUGAUCAACACGCAACAAUUGCGGUAUCGUCGUGCUGCAGCCUACAUCAUUGUUGACCUGCUCAACGACCUGAAGAAGCAACCGCUGUACCCGACCGUCAAACAGGAGCUCACGACCGCGCUGUACCACCUGAUGGAUUUGUUGGACGAUCACGCUAACAGAUACCUGCUGUCCGUCUUGCCAUCCGGCAUCCACGAGCUCUUCCGACUCGAGUACGAACAUUUUGAAAAGUUUUACAAAUUCAAAGGUAAAGUUUAAACGACGCGGCAAAGAAGAUGACAAUAUACAAAAUAAUUUCCUGUCAA